GCUGUCUGCACGAUGCAUCGCCUCAUCACACUGCUCUAUUGCCUCUCUGCAUCAGCAUUCCUCGCACCGCUGCAGCGCUGCCACCGCGCACGUCGUGCAAUCACCCAAAAGGCAGCCAAUGGCGCAGAAGACCUCAAUGCACUGAAGGUAGCCGACCUCAAGGUCUUACUAAAGGAACGCGGCCUGAAAGUAAGCGGUAAAAAGCAGGAGCUCAUCGACCGGCUAGAAGAGCACGCCGCCGCCGAAGCACCGAAACCACCACCAGCGCCCACGCCCAGGGUCACCCCCGGCAAUGUCCCAGACGCACAGCUCGCCGAGACCAUCGUGGACCUCCUCGUGACCGAGAUCUUAGAAGCGAGAAGAUCAAACACAACAAUAAACCCGGACACGCUCGCCUCGAAGCGCGAGGCGCUAUUAGCGCGCGGCGGCACCGCGCUCGAAGAGGUCGCGACGCGUCGACUGGCCGCGGCGCCGCACGACACGGAACUUGCUGGUGCCGUGGCGUUGGUCCGAGGCUUCCAGCGCGCCGAGUUCCAGCUGAGGAGUAGAGACGCGAUGCGCGAAAUUCUGCGGGCCGCGACGCUCGGCUCGGCGCAACUCGACGACUGCUUCGAGAAGCUCUCGAAGGAGGGCCGUUUAGAUGGACCCUUCGCUCGUUAUGUGGAAGAACUAGAGCAGCAGCAGAAGGCGAAACCGGGAGACGGGUUGCUGGACCGCGUGUUGGUUAUCGUGCGAGACCGCGUGAAAGCGGAGGGCGGCGCGUCCAAAGAAUUAAGGGUGCUGGCCCGGGCGCUGCGCUGUUCUGAUGAAGAUGAGACAAGGGAGUUCCUCUCGAAAGAAUUCUCUAUCUCUCUAGACUUCGCGGCGCGCUUCGAGGCCUACGUCGAGGCCGCGGCGGCGUUCGCCGACGGCGCCGAGGACGGCGGCGGCGCUUCUCUCCAAGGCAUCGGCCGCGUGCGGGAGGUCGUUGGCGAGCUGCGGCGGGCGAUGCCUGUGUAGACUAACUGUGUGAUU